CCCGCCGUCGUUCCGGGCCCGGGGGCAGACUUAAGCCAGGCGGGAAGGGAAGGCGAGGCAGCUGCGUCUUAGCUCCGACCUUGCGCUUUCGUUUCGCACCGGCGUGGAGCCAUGGGGCGCUGCGUGCUGCUGCUGCUGAGCCUUUCCCCUUUCUUGCUUCUGCUCUUCCAGCCCCAGCUGUGCUUGGCCGACACGCCGGCCAACUGCACCUUUGAAGAUCUGGUGGGCACCUGGGUCUUCCAGGUGGGGAAAGGCUACGGAUUGCCCAACCGGAACAUUAACUGCUCUGAUGUGGGUCCUGUGGAGAGAAAAAUCGUUGUGCACCUUCAGAAGCUUGACAUUGCUCAUGACGAGCAAGGGAACUUUGGCUUCUUCACCAUCAUUUACAACCAAGGCUUUGAAGUUGUGUUAAACAACUACAAGUGGUUUGCUUUCUUUAAGUACAAAAAAGAUGGUCCCAAUGUAACCAGUUACUGUCAUGAGACUCUACCAGGAUGGGUUCAUGACAUCUUGGGUCAUAACUGGGCUUGUUUCACCGGACAGAAGAUCAGUACUUCAGCCUCUGGAGUUCAUGUUAAUCAGCUGCCUCUCCAGAAAUCCCAUCGGAGAUCUCUCCGGGGGCCUUACAUUCCGAGCGUCGACUUUGUGAAAGCAAUCAAUGCCGUUCAGAAAUCCUGGACCGCGACUACCUACAAGGAAUAUGAAGCCCUCACUUUAGAAGACCUCACUCGGAGAGCUGGCGGGUUGAACUCCAGGAUUUCAAGGCCAAAGCCUGCCCCACUGUCUGCGGAGAUGAUCCAGGAGGUUUCCCGUCUGCCUCAAUCCUGGGACUGGAGGAAUGUGCAUGGUGUUAAUUAUGUCAGUCCUGUACGAAACCAAGCUUCCUGCGGCAGCUGCUAUGCAUUUGCUUCAAUGGGCAUGCUGGAAGCAAGGAUUCGGAUCCUCACCAACAACUCACAGACCCCUGUGUUGAGCCCCCAGCAGGUGGUUUCCUGCAGCGAGUACGCUCAAGGUUGUGAUGGAGGAUUCCCUUAUCUCAUUGCUGGAAAAUACAUCCAGGAUUUUGGUGUGGUUGAGGAAUCGUGCUUCCCUUAUACAGCCAUGGAUUCUCCCUGCACUCUGAAGGAGCAUGACUGUUACCGCUACUACACUGCUGACUACCACUACGUUGGAGGGUUUUAUGGGGCAUGCAACGAAGCCCUGAUGAAACUUGAACUUGUGAGACAUGGGCCCAUGGCUGUUGCAUUUGAGGUGUACAGUGACUUCAUGCAUUACAAAGGGGGGAUCUAUCACCACACUGGGCUGAUGGACCCUUUCAACCCAUUUGAGCUUACCAAUCAUGCUGUCCUUCUCAUUGGAUAUGGCAGUGAUCCGGGUACCGGGGAGAAGUUCUGGGUAGUGAAGAACAGCUGGGGAGCCAACUGGGGAGAGAAUGGUUUCUUCAGGAUCCGUAGAGGCACUGAUGAAUGUGCAAUAGAGAGCAUAGCAAUGGCUUCCACUCCUAUCCCCCAAAUGUAGUGACAAUUGCAUUUCAGGCAAUAUCCUCCCAGGAAGCAACAAUGUCCAUUAUUUUUUUAAAAAAAAUGGAACCAAAAUGGAACCGAUUGUGAUUAUAUACUUGGAGAAUUUUAUGGCAUUUAUUUUAUAGCUAUAAAAAAUAAUGAUCUUUGAGAGCAUUCAGGGGAGACUGGUGCAUCUUGCAUCUCUAAGGAUGCUAAAUGGCCUGGUUUAGAGCCAUUGAUGAUGUCAUACAAAGAGCAUUAAGCUUGGACCAGGCAGAUCUGGGUUCAAAUAGCUGCUCAGCUAUGAUGCUUUCUGGGUGAAUGUGCCCAUUUACUAUGGCUCAGUUUGGACAGCCCAUGGAAUCAUGGUUAAGGAUGCUUCACUGUGGCUUUGUGAGAUGUCUGAAUUACAUAGGAAGCACUGUUUCCUCUAACAGGGAUUCCCAGAUGUUGUUGACUACAACUCCCAGCAUCCCCAGCCAAAGGCCAUUGUAUCUGGGGAUGCUGGGAGUUAUAGUCACAGCAUCUGGGAAUCCCAAUUAGAGGGAACUCUGAUAGGAAGCUGCCUUAUACCGAGUCAGACCAUUGGUCCAUCUAGCUCAGUAUUGUCCGAGGGGUUCAGGCUGCAAAUCUUUCCCACACCAACCUGGAGAUGCCACCAGGGAUUGAACCUGGGACCUUCGCUAUGGCUUCAUCCCCAAUGGGACUGCAGCAGAAACUUUACAUAGGAAGCUGCCAUAUACUGAAUCAGACUAUUGGCCCAUCUAGCUCAGUAUUGUCUACAUUGAUAGCAGUGACUCUCCAGUGUUUCAAGCAGGUGUCUUUCCCAGCCCUAUCUGAAGAUGCCAGAAAUUGAACCUGGGACCUUCUGCAUGCAAAACAGAUGCUUGACCACUGAGCUAGAUCUCACCCCGCCAUUGACAAGCCAUUGCUUGUGGUUGGCUGGAAAAGCAGAAUUGGAAACCAUGCUUGAAGUGGGUUUGCAAACCAUGGUUUGUGCUAACUACAGUUUGAAAUGAUGGCUGAAUUAACAGAUUGAAGUUACAAUUCUUGCUCUGCUUCUGGAAGCCACUGUACCCUAGAAAAGAGAGUGCUGGGCAGACAGGAAAUGAAGAAAAGAAAGAAAACCCACUUUAUCUCCAAAAGAACGUAAAAUGCCUAACAACAAAAGAGUAAACUUAAAAACUACAAACCAAUACAUUGACAAACCAAUACAGACAGGCAGCUACAAGCAAUGGUUUUGCCCAUUUAGAAGUUUGAACCAUGAUUUGGUGUGAUAUUUGAACUGAGCCUAACAGAAUUGUUGGGGGAAGGGAUCACCCCAUGUGGGUCACCCUGAACUCCGGAUGAAGAGUGAAGUACAUUUGAUGUUUACAUUCUAGCUAUAAAUUCUCCAGAGGUUUCACAAUAACUGUGGAUAUUAGUUCCUCCCUGCUUCCUCUUCUCAGCCAAUUUUUUACACGAAUUUCUGCAAGAAAUUGUGUUUAAAACAUGUACUUUUAUAUUUUAAUCGCUGUGCCUUACAAAGAAAAUGAAGAAAUAACUAUUCAGGGGGUACUGUAAAUGUACCACACACAAUGAUUGUACUGUGAUUUUUCUUUUCAAAAGGGAAGCCUUAAGUCCUUUGUUUAUCAAAGUGCCUGGUACCUGACCUCUCUGAAUGUCAGAAUUCAUUUGACAAUCAUUUUUAAUGGUGCCCUUUUAUUCUGCACACGCCUUGCUUUGUAUUUAUUGAGAUUUUGUGUGUGAUUCUGAAAUAAGAAAUCUGCUUAUGUUGCUGUGGGAGUUCUUAA